AUGAACGGCGGCGACCUGAGGGACGUCCAGGCCCCCAGCCGCCACGAGUGCCUCUUACCCUCUGUGGCUCACACUCCCUCCAUCACCCAGGUCACGCCAGCCAAGAAGGUGACCUUCUUCAAGCGAGGGGACCCCCGGUUUGCUGGGGUGCGCCUGGCUGUCCAUCGGCGGGCCUUCAAGACCUUCAGCGCUCUGAUGGAUGAGCUCUCCCAGCGCGUGCCUCUGUCCUUUGGGGUUCGCUCUGUCACCACGCCCCGGGGUCUGCAUGGCCUCAGUGCACUGGAGCAGCUGCGGGAUGGUGGCUGCUACCUCUGCUCCGACAGGAAGCCUCCCAAGACCCCUCGGGGGCCAGGUCGGCCGCCUGCGAGAAGCCCCUUGGCUGUGCAGUCACUGGAUAUGGAAGGUGGGCGUGAGGCCUCUGGGACAUCCUCUUCCUGCAAGGGUCCCACAGCCUCAAGGAGGAUAACUCUGAUUAGGAACGGGGAUGCCAGACACCAGCAGACACUGCUUCUCAGUCACAGAGAUGCCAGGAGCCGGACAGCCUUCCUCAGCCAGGCGUCAGACCUUCUUCGCUUUCCUGUGAAGCAGGUGUACACAGUCAGUGGGCGGAAGGUGGACCCUCUCCAGGUGCUGCUGCAUGGCCCCUCCAUGCUGGUGUGUGCGGGCAACGAGCCUUUCAGGCCCCCUGCAACGAACAGCGCCCAGAGAGGCCAGACGGAAGCUUUAUCUGCGCUGACUUCGAACAACAAAAACAGUUGCUGGGGGCCCAAGGCCAAGCCCAGCGUGAUCCACUCCAGGUCCAGGUCGGGCGGCAGGCAACCUCAGUCCAUGCUGUCAGCGAGGUCUGGGCUCAGUGAGCCCCCCGUGUCCCAGCCUCAUGCCUGGAUGAGGACGUCCCCACCAAGCCCCUUGGUGGCCAGUGACGAUGUGGAGAAGAAGGUCCACGUGAAUGAGGAUGGCAGCCUGUCUGUGGAGAUGAGAGUCCGCCUCCACCUCCCGGGCGAGGAAGCUAUACUGUGGUCCCAGAGAGUGGGGCAGGCUAGCGGGGAGGGCCCUGGCCCGAAGGAGCUGGGCCCCGGCUGCUGCAGAUGGGAGGGCCAUCCUUGGAACAGUCUGGGGACUGGGGCCAGGGGACCAGGUCUCUGUGAGGCAGAAUGCCAUGGAGCCUUUGAUGGAAACUCGCAGACCCGGCUCAGCUGUGAGAUCUGGAGAAACCCCCUAUGUGCUCCUCAGGGGGAUAAGCCUGCACCUAGGAGGAGGUCGGGUUGGGGUCAAGGCGGGAAGAGGUGCGGCAAGGAAUGCCGCAGCCCAGCCUCCAGUCCUGAGCGCCUGCAAGGCUCUGACUCAGACUCCUGCAGCCCCAGAACGCCGGAGGGCCACGCACGCAGUGACAGCCCAUGCCUGGCCUUUGAGACUGCUUCCCAGAGCUGGGCUGAGAGAGAAGCCGAGGAGGCUCAGUGUCUGGAGGGAGUGCAGCCACUGGCCUGGGAGCAAUGGAGCCAUCAGGCCUCCUGGACCUGUGGUGUGGAAGGGGCCCUUCCUGAUGCUUCGGCCACUGCCAAGUCCCACGAGGAGUCUGGCAAGUGGGAGGGACAGCAGUGGAGCUGCCUGGACCAGGAGAGGACAAGGACAGCCCAGGGGAAGGCCACGCGUGGUGGCAGCCCCUGUGCCUCAUCUCCAAACAACAAGAACCUACAGAUCGAGCAGCACGGAUGGGGCACUGGGUGCCAGGAGGCUGUGGGUGAGACUGGGACAAUGCUGCCCUUGGCUGCGGAUGUGUCCCGCUCACUUCCAGGCUGCGCCCCAGCUGGGCAGGGGAAGAAAAGGCUGCAGAGCCCAGGGAGUGCUGUAUCCUCUCCCAGCUCUCCCAGGCCCCACCAGGAAGCCCAGGGAGGCCAUGCCGUACUGUGUCUCCACUGCAGGGGCACACACUGCCCCACCAACUCCCCAGAAACCCCACUAGCAUCAAGGCCUCCGGACAGAGGAGACCCCUGCUCAGGGGACCCGGUGCCACCAUUUCCUCCUGAGUCAUCCAGCCCCAGCAGACAGGCCUCAGGGAACCACAGGUCACUCUACCCAGGCUGUCCUGACCCCCAGGAUGCAGUAGUAGCCAGCAGGGCUACCAUUGCCUCUGCCUCCAUGAGCAGCUCAGACUGGGCUUCAAGCCUCCAUCACCCCAGGGCCUGCUCUGCAGAGCCCACCGGGGAUGCCGAGUGCAAGGUACACUUCUCACCGCCCACAUCUGCCCACACCCGAGGGGCUAGCAGCCUGGGGGGUGAGACAGGCGGCACCUCCAGGCCCUCCCCAGGUGGAUGGCUCGAGGGAGAGGAGCUAGGAGUUUGUCACAGCUGCGGCAGCUCACAGACCGGGGCAUGCCCUGUCCUGGGGACCCCCAGCGGUCACACUGAGGCCUGCUGGGCCUGCAGCAAGUACUGCCCCACACCCCCCCGGGGGCAGCCCUGCACCAAAAGGCACCCUUCGAACUGUGGUGGUCACCAAAGGGCUGGUGACACAGGAGAAGAAACACUGCAGAGGAUACGCACACUGUCCCCAAGCCCUAAAGCAAGGGCGAUGGGGAGGGCAGUCAGGGGAGUAGGAAGGAGCCCUAGCCCUGGUGCCGGGGUGGGUACCCAGGAGCCACAGGAAGAUGGCAGUGUGACACCCAGCGCGUUGCCCCGCACCUCUCCGGAAGCUGUGAUUCGCGAAUGGCUGGACAACAUCCCAGAGGAGCCUGUCUUCCUGAGACACGAGAUGGUGGACAGGUCCACACCUGUGGCCCAUGACAGCUUGGGAGGCGCUGAGGAGGACACUGGUGACGCCAGGCAGCAGGUCCCAGAAAGUGACCCUGAUGAGCACCCAAGGCAGAACCAAGGCCUCCCAGUGACUGUCAGUGUGGGCCCUGAACUGGGAGACGGUCUCUAUCAAGCCACAGAUCUGGGCAAAGAGCCCAAGGCCUCUGCAAAGGCCGGGGUGGGGGAUGGCACCCAUGUGGGCCACGGGGUGACACUACAUACCCUUCCUGGCAGGGUUUCUGCCUCCACCCAGAUCAUGAAGGCGCUGAUGGGCUCCAAGCAGGGCCGGCCCAGCAGCCUGCCAGAGCUGUCGGGCCCAAUGGCCCAGAGGCUCAGCCAGUCAGCAGAGGCCCUCAUCACCUGCCUCACGCGGCUGCACUUCUUUGAUGAUGCCAUCAGCUCCCUGGGUGACAAAGGGAGGUUUGAAGACUCCCCUCAGUACCGGGAGCUGCUGGGACUCUCCCAGGGCCUGUGGCCGGGCUGUGACCUCGGACAAGGCCCACUAGGCUUGGGUCUCAAAGAGCUCACUGCACACCAGGCCCUGCUGGUCACUGAGGACUUCACGCCCACCUCCUCCUCCGGAGUGGACAUCAGCAGUGGCUCUGGAGGCUCGGGAGAGAGCAAUGGGCCCUGCGCCAUGGAUGCCACCCAGGGCCCUAAGCAGGGGGAGCAGCCCCUGCAGAUCUCCCAGAGGCCCAAUUCCAGAAACUCAGGGCACCCAGAGCACAGGGCAAAGCCACAGAAGAGCUGUUCCACAGCCUCCUCUGGCUCCCCGGUGCAGGCGGAAGCCGGGAGCAGCAGCAGGGAUCAGGCACGAGGCCGUCACCUGGGGCAAGUGGACCACGACCCAGAGUCAUUCAUUGAAAACAUGGCACAGGAUGAGAGGAGACAAGCAGAGGAAACAGAAGAGAGAGGACUCCAGGGGGAGGGUGUCCAGGAGGAAGGGCUUCCAGAAGAGGUCAGAGUCCGUGGGGAGGAGGAAGACAAGAGGAAGGACCCUCCCUCUGCAGCCCUGGGUCUCCCAAGAAGAGGACAGCCUGCAGAGUGCCAGCUCAGCCAAGGGCCCUCAGAUGCCAGUGAGAGUCACUGUGACCCUGACUCAGAGCCUACUCUGGAAGUACUGCCCAGGGCAGCUGUACUGGGCUGGGAGCAAGCCCGGGCCCAGUCCACCCCUGAAACUGGGGUGACAAGCCUGCCCAGGGCUCCCACAGCAUCCCCAGACCCCAACGCCAUGUGGGUGUCCAAGCUGCUGAAGAAGAUGGAGGAGGCCUUCCUGGCUCACCUGUCCCAUGCUCUGGCUGAGCUCCGAGCCCGCUGGAGCCUGCAGGACGACAGCCUGCUGGACCAGAUGGGGGCUGAGCUGCAGCAGGAUGUGGGCCUGCGGCUCCGGGACAGUGUGGACAAAGAGCUCCAGAAGAUCCAGAGCCGGGCAGGAAGGAUGGCCCGGGGACUACCCAGGCAGGCCCUCAGGGGACAGGCGUCCCUACAGACUGAGCAGCGCAGGCGUCGCCUCCGGGGCCUGCAUAACCUCUCAGCCUUCCAAGAGCAGAACCACAACCAGGAGCUCCUGUUCCUCACCCAGGAGGAUGGGCCCAACCUCGGCACAGUCCUGGGGCCCGGGCUAGGUGGAGGCGCCGAGGGGGAUGAGUUCUGUCCCUGUGAGACCUGUGUGAGGAAGAAGGUAACUCCCAAGUCCCUGAAGGGCACCACAAGGGCUGCCAGCGCACCUAUCAAAAUAGCCUUUGACCUACAGCAAAUUCUGCAGCAGCAGAGAGCAGAGGCAGCAGAGGGAACCCUGGAGGGGACAGGGACCAAGUGGCCUCAGGGGAACCCCACUGUCCAGGGAGAGUGGACAGGAGGGCAGGAGCUGGGCUUGGCCCCAGGGAGACAGAGGCAAAGCAGUGGCUCCAAAUUCAGGGAGGCGGAGGGUACUGGUGACCAGGAGAGGGAGGAGGAAGCAGUGUGGGAGAGAGGCGGGAGAACCCACGCCAGCGUGGGCAGCAACGUGGAGGAAGAGGCCGAGGAGAAUUGCACAGCCGAGCAGGAAGAGGCCACUCAUGAUGGCUCCAGGGCCAGGGAUGCUCCAGAGGCUGCAGGAAGACCAGGCAGUAGCACUGAAGCCGCAGAACGACGGCCACAGUACGAAGGAGGACGUGACAGCGAGAAAGAAGGGCCAGGCCCCCAAUCGUCCCUGGGCUCCUGUACCCAGAUCUCUCAGAAGGGCUUAGAGGACCAAUCAGGCAUAGACCUUGGAUGCCCAGAAGCCCAGCAGGUCAAGGGGAAAGUGGCCACUAUGUAUCCAGCCUCUGAGGACGGAGAGUCUCCUUCAGACCCAGGGACUCCAGAGCCUGGGGCGGGUGAGGGCUGUUGUGUCCUCGAACUACACCAGAAGGCAGCCGGAGGCUGUGCCCAGACCACGGCUGGGGACAUGGAAGAUGGCUUUGGCCAGGAGGACUUAGAUUUCUAG